AAAGUGCCCCAGCAUCUGUGGGUACAAGUGGUGUGCGGAUUUAGCACAUAGAAUGGAAAGUUUAUUGACACCAGCGACUCCGCUAACAUCAAGAUGGCGUCAAUCUUCUACAUUUUUGGUGUUAUAAGUAAAAAUUUCAAAAGGGUCAUGGAGGUGAUAUCAAACAUCAGUGAAACAAAAUGUUGUCAGAUGAUGAGGCAUUGCUACAACUGGACCGAGAACUUGAUGAGAGGAUGCGUAACUUGUGUAGGAAAGGAUCCGUUAAAGUGGUUAGUGAAAAGGUUAGUAAGACUGAAUUAUCUGGGAGCACUGCAUCAAGUGAACAAAAUUUCCUUUUUAAAAGUAAUACCCUGCAAGAAAGUGGCCAUUCUCUGGUAAAAAGUGGCAGUGAGUCGAGCAGAGUUUCAAAGCAGAUUUCAAGAAAAGAAUGGGUUGAUGUGAGUGAUAAUCAUAGUGGAGACAGUGAAAAACAAAACCUUUGCUCCAUAGAAAAGAAUACUCUUUCGGAAACUGUUGUAAGGACUGAAAUUGGUGCAUCCUCAAUGACAACUGGAUGUCAACAGAAUAAGAAAGAAGAGCCUGAUGAACUCCCAGAAAAGGUAAACUGUGAAGAGUUGGAUGACUUUGGUGGAGCUCAAGAUGCCAUUUUUGAUGACUUUCUGGACCAGUCAACCAAGAUUCGAAUAAAGGCACUAACAAGCAAAGUUUCACAUUUGACUGAAGUUUUAAAUGUCAAACAAGCUGAAUGCAAAAAACAUACUCAAGCAAAGCAGGAGGCCCUUUCAAGUUUGCAGACAUCUGAAAUGAGCAGGCGCAGCAUGUCCAAACAACUGCAGACCACCCAACAGGAGUUGGCCAGACUUGGUAAAUCUAACAAGCAUUUGUCUGACCGAGUCAAAGAACUUACCUCUGAAUGUCAGAUACUACGUAAGGAGUUAACGAGUAGUAAACAGAGUCAGUGUGAACAAAAAAGUGCCACGACAUCAUCUCGUGCUCAGUUAACACGUUUGCGAACUGAUAAUGCUACCCUUAAAGAACAAAUUGCUGAACUAAAGAAGAAGCAUAAGGAUGAAUUAGAUGAGCUGAGAAGUACACUGACAAGCAACAGUGCUCAAAUAAAGGAAUUGGAAAGACAACAGAGAAAUUAUUGCGCUCUUGUUAAAAAGCAGGAACUGCUGAUUAGAAUACUCAAUGAACAAAAGAUAAAUAUUGGAGUGGCCAAAACAGCAGCGUGUUUAGAGGAUAAGUUCUUGUCGAUUCUAACUCCACUGCAGCCUCCUUGAAGCAGUCCUCCUGAAUUAUUAGAGCACUAGCCAAGACCAGGGUAGUAUUCAACCUCGAAUCUCCUACAGCAUUUUAUAUAACAGGAUAUGAUAUUUUGUCACUUAAUUUGUGGCGUAAAAGUGCAAUUAUAAAGAUUUUUCUUAUUUAAUUAAAGUGAACUGAGAUAUAUAUGUUAUAAUGAACUUAAAUAAUAAGCACUUAAUUUUCAUGAACUCAACUCAGUAGUACUAAGGACAUAUGAAAAUAGACAUAAGUGAUGAAAAUAGACAUAAGUGAAAAUAAUUAUUUGAACAGAUCCUCCCAAUUUGAAAUUGGAACUAAAUAUGCAGAAAUGGGUCGGAGCAUUAUUUGCUAAGAAAAUGAGCAAUGCAGUAUAUUUGGAAUUGAUGACAUCAAACCUGUGUUAAUGGCAAAAAGUGUGUAAAUGAUACAUGUAGAGUUAUGAAUGGGCUAAAUUAAAUUAAAUCAAAAGUGAUUUUUACACUCUGAUACUACAUUCACAUAAAACCAAGAAAUACUGUAAAAAUUACAAAAAUAAAGACAAGAUACAUGUAACAUGUAAUCUGGGCUAUUUUGAUAUCCUUUUGACUACAAGUUGUUGUUAUCUUGAAGAGAGAGAAACAAUUCUAUACAGUAGUCAUACCCCUACAUACGAAAGUCCCUACGUACGAAAAAUCCAGGUUACAAAAGCAGACGAAGAUAAUUCGUAAAACUCACGUGCCGCCAACUCAGUAGACUCGCCACCAUCCUCCCACUCUCCCAUUGGUUCCUGAUGCUAGUUACUGCCGUAAGAUCGUGCUCUCCUAUUGGU